UGUAUCAUCUUGAUUCGGUGGACCAAUUCAGUCUAGAAGAUCUAGCCAAGAUUUCAGUUUUGGUCGGACCGUGAAUUUGUGUGGUGUCGCCACACAUCUCGUGGGAUAAGUCCUUGCAGAAGUGAUCCAACUCUAAGCAUAGGUAGCACGUUCUUUCCAGAAAUGAACCCAUAAAUUUUCUCGGCCUUUUUAUAUGAGUGUUAAUUAAGAGAUUCUCAAACAGAUAUAAAAAUUAUAAUUAAUAUCCGCGUGGACAGAGUUUGGUGGUCUAGAACGAUGAGGAAGAUUUUCCCAUGGAUUACACUCCUGUCACUUUUGAGUGUGACUUAUGCCAAACAUACGGACUGCGAACGCCCACCAUCCAUUGAUCAUGCCACCAUCUCAAUGGAGGAUCACGAAGAUGUGGUGACCGCACGUUACGUAUGCGAUAGUGGUUUUGUCUUGAAAGGUGAACCGGAAAUCACAUGCGAUCUGGAUUCAGAUGAGUGGCUUCAGGAACCACCAACCUGUGAAAGAUCGGAGCAGACAUCAUCGGAGACGGGCGAAUCGGGAAACGAUGCUGGUGGACGAAGGAAGAAAAAAGGUCAGGAGAUUCUUGAGGAUACAGGAAUAACCAGUGAAUUUGCUAAAGAUUUGGAUCUAUCAUGCAUGGGACGAGCACUUGUUCGAGCACCAGAUAUUACAAAUGGAUAUGUUGUCAAAUACAAUCGGCGUAAGAAGGACGGAAAUGUGUUUUUAGUGGUAUUUUACGAAUGCGACGAAAACUAUGAUCUGGAAAACCCUGACCAUGAUCACCUCUACUGUAGCAAGACAACAUGGGUAGGAAAUCAACCAAACUGCGUUAAAAUCAAUGGAGAUUACGACGAAGAAGGCGAAGGUGAACCGUAUGAGGAAGAAGAUUAUACGGAUCGAGAGGACGGCGAAGCCGAAGGUGCCAAUGGUGAAGAAGAAGAAGGUGAAGAGUUCGAUGAAAUGCGGCGAGCUGAAGAUGAGAGACGUGCCCAAGAGGAGCGCUUAGCUGAAGAAGAACGACGUGCUGAGGAAGAACGUCGAGCCGAAGAGGAACGUCGUGUAGAGGAUGAUCAACGGAGAGCUGAGGAAGUACAUCGCGCUGAAGAAGAAAGGCGUGCUGCUGAGGAGCAACAAAGGGUAGAGGAGACGCGCCGUGCUGAAGAAGAACGACUCGCUGAAGAGCAACGUCUUGCCGUAGAAAAGCAACGAAUAAUUGAGGCACAGCGGCAGGAAGAAGAACGUCGGGCUGAAGAAGCACGAGUUGCUGAAGCUGCUCGAUUAGCAGAAGAGCAACGAGCUGCCGAGGAAUCUCGAAGAAUUGAAGAGGAAUCUCGUCGAGCAGAGGAAACUGCUCGCUAUGCUGAGGAAACAGCUCGUCGUGCUGAAGAAGGUGCCGAAACUGAAGAGGAUGGUGAAACUGAGGAAGGUCGUGAAACUGAAGAAGGUGGUGAUGAUGAAGAAGGAGUUGAGGAGGAAACCGAAGAAGAAGCUCGUCGUGCUGAGCAAGAAGCUCAUCGUGCCGAAGAGGCAGCUCAUCUUGCUGAAGAGGAAGCCCGACGUGCUGAAGAGGAAGCUCGACGCAAUGAAGAAGAAGCUCGUCAUGCUGAAGAAGAAGCUCGUCGUGCUGAGGAAGAAGCUCGCCUUGCUGAGGAGGAAGCACGCCGUGCCGAAGAGGCAGCCGGUCAUGCUGAAGAAGAAGCCAGGGCAGGAGAGCAACGUCGUCUAGAAGAAGAACGUCGUCGUCAAGAGGAACAAGAAGGAGAAGAAGCUGAAAAUGGUGGAGAGGAAGAAGAUGGGGAUGCAGAACGUAUUUCAGAAAUUGAAGAAACUCGCACUCAUUUAGAAGUGACAGGUUCUCAGGGUGGCUCAUGUGGUCCGGAUAGAGGCGGAUGUGAUCAUGAAUGUCGUAUGGUGAAAUUGGAAAAUGAGGUUGAACCAAGAGUACAAUGCUCGUGCUAUGCAGGGUUCACACUUGAUCCUAACGAUGGAAGAACUUGUCACGAUAUCGAUGAGUGUCAAACGAACAAUGGAGGAUGCGAGCAAAUCUGCAAAAAUAUCCCUGGCUCUUUUGAGUGUGCCUGCGAAAGUGGGUUGCAAAUCGAUACAGUAACGGGAAACACGUGUAUCGACAUCAACGAAUGCGAACAUCCUGAUAUCAAAACACGAUGCCCGUAUGGAUGCGAAAAUACACCUGGAAGCUGGCGAUGCAUCGAAGAAAACGAGGUAGCUGGAGGUCAAGUUGUAGAGGAAACUGAUCGAUCUGAAGUUGAGUCUGCAGUUCCUGUCAAACCUUGCGAAGACGGCCUCCGCCGUGACCAACAAGGAGAAUGCGUUGAUAUUGACGAGUGUGCGGAAGGAACUUCAGGAUGCCAACAUUGUCAGAAUGCAUACGGUGGAUUCCAAUGCACAUGCCCCGAAGGUUAUGAACUAGGCGAUGACGAAAGAACUUGUCACGAUAUCAAUGAAUGUGAAGCUUUUGCUGAGAAUGGAGAUGAGGAAGAUGGUGAAGCUGCACAGCAUGUUGCAUGUUCACAUGAAUGUGUCAAUCUUGAAGGAUCAUUUAAAUGUGUAUGUCCUGAGAACUUCCACUUGCAUUCAGACCAAAGAACAUGUGUCCGAGAUUUCUGUGAAGAUUUACUAAAUCCAGCUUUAAAUAAAGCUCGUUGCUCACAUGGAUGUGUCGAUACAGCGGAAGGAUUUUCAUGUAGGUGUCCUGACGGAUACACUUUAAAAGCUGAUUUGCGAACAUGUUCGGCUUUAGAGGAUUCAUGUUCAGCGACUGAUGGACACAGGAAUUGCCAUCCUGGAACCUGCAUAAGUGAACCCGGUCGUUACAGAUGCAGCUGCCCAGCUGGGUAUGAAGAGAAAGAGGGUCGUUGUCACGAUGUGGACGAAUGUGAAUCUGGGCGACAUGGAUGUUCACAUACAUGUUCUAAUAGUGCCGGUUCCUAUGAAUGCACAUGUCCUGCCGGAUACAUUCUAUCAGGGGAUUAUAGGACCUGUGUUGACAGGGACGAGUGUCGUGAAAAUGCUCACGAUUGUGGAAACCUUUUAUGCCAAAAUACCGACGGAAGUUAUAAAUGCGUGUGUCCAGAAGGCCAGGAAUUGCAACCAGACAAAACAUGUGGACGUUCUGAUCCAUGUGCUGCGAAUAAUGGUGGAUGCUCGCAUCAAUGCAAUUCACACAAUGGAUAUAUAGAAUGUGGUUGUCCGGCAGGAAUGAUUCUCAAGGAAGACGAUAAAACUUGUGCAGACUUUAAUCCGUGUCUUGAAAACAAUGGAGGUUGCUCUCAAAUUUGUGAUCCUCGUCUUCCACAGCGAUGUGCCUGUAAUCCGGGCUAUGAACUAGGACCAGACGGGCGUACGUGUGUUGAUUGCGAUGAAUGCAUACGCAACAAUGCAGGUUGCAGCCAGAUCUGCGUGAACAAACCAGGAUCGUACUCGUGUACGUGCGAGGCGGGAUAUGAGUUAUUGGCCGACGGGCAUACAUGCAAGGACGUGGACGAAUGCCUAGACAAUACAUCGCAUGACUGUUCCCAUAUAUGCAUUAACAUCCCUGGAACAUAUGAAUGCUCCUGCCCGCCAGGAUUCAAGCUGGGACGGGAUAAGUUCACAUGUGAGGAUGUAAACGAGUGCGAAGUCAGCAUGAACGGUGGUUGCUCUGACAAAUGCGUGAAUACUCUGGGAUCCUUCUACUGCGAAUGUCCCGAAGGACACUUCCUAGCUGGCGAUAAUGUUACCUGCGUGGAUGUGGAUGAAUGUUCGGCAGCGCUGAAGAGGUGCUCUCAUGAUUGCGUGAAUACUGUUGGUGGAUUCAGGUGCACGUGUCCCACUGGACUCGAAUUAUCUGAAGACCAAUUAACAUGUCGCGAUGUAGACGAAUGCAGCGAUGGGCACAAUGGUGGAUGUUCUCAUCGAUGUGAAAAUUUGGAAGGAAGUCACCGCUGUAGGUGUCCACCAGGAUUUGAGCUGAGCGAGGAUGCGAAAACUUGCAAUGAUAUUGAUGAAUGUGCUGAUUUGAAUGGAGGAUGUUCGCAUCGUUGCAAAAAUCUUCCAGGUGGUUAUCAUUGCGAAUGUGAUCCUAACUCCAAACUCAAGGAUGAUGGCCGGACGUGUGAAAUAGACAAUCCCUGCAGCACUGAUAAUGGUGGAUGUGCGCAGAUAUGCGAAGCGACUAUUACAGGUGCUCGUUGCGGAUGUAAGCGUGGUUUUACCUUGAAUCCAAGAGACAAUGCUACAUGCUUAGAUGUUGACGAGUGCCGAUACGGUCAUAACUGUGAGCAUCGAUGCCGAAACACCAUCGGAUCUUUCGAGUGUCAUUGCCACGAUGGAUACACCUUGGAUGUUUUUGGCCGUUGCGUAGAUAUAAAUGAAUGCGAGUAUAUGAAUGGAGGCUGUUCUCCUCACGCGCAAUGCGUGAACUUACCAGGACGAUUUAAAUGCGUGUGCCCGAAUGGUUUCAAGCUGGCUCAUGACAGAAGAACAUGCUUAGAAAUUAGAGAUAAUUGCACGCCGUUGAAACCACCGCGAAAUGGAGAGAUCCAUUGCUCUCGCAGUCGCCAUAAGACUCAAUUGUUCUAUAAAACAAAGUGUUCAGUGUGGUGUCAUAAAGGUUUUAAAUUGGUUGGCCCCUCAACAAGGCAUUGUAAUGGUACAGGAGAAUGGGAUAAUGCAGAAAACACCUGCGUCCCUGUUUCAUGCCCUCGACUUCCAAGACCAGAACAUGGAUCUAUUCUUCCACCGAAUUGUGUUCAAGGAGAAGUUUUCGCUGGCGAACGCUGCGUCCUUCACUGCGGUCCUGGCUUUAAACCCGCCGGCAAGAGAGCUACUGUCUGCAACGCUGACCAGACCUGGUCCGCUAAUUCCAGCUUAUAUUGUAUUCCUGUUAACACUGCUCCACAAAAUUUCCGUCCGUCUAUUAAGUGUCCACAGGAUACGCUAGUUAUCCUUCCAAAAGGGCAAAAAACUGUACAUAUCAAACUUGAGCAACCCAAAUCUAACGUCGAUUUUACCCGAUAUGUCACGGCUCAACCAGAAUGGGCAAAGUUCUUGGAAGCGCAUUUCGGAGCCGGGGUUCAUAUUAUCACUUUUACUGCAAGGAGUCCUUAUUCGAAUGUAGAAGACGCUUGUAGAACGAUUAUCACAGUGAAGGAAGCACAUCCGCCAGUUGUCGCCUAUUGUCCGCCAUCUUUUGAUGUUCAGUUGAAUCCAAAUGAACAGGCGCGUUCUAUCACGUGGAAGGAGCCAGUGUUCCAAACUACUGGCCAUUUGAAGCAAAUCUACAAAUCUCAGAUCCCUGGUGAUCGAUUCACAGCCGGUGUCCACCACAUCACGUAUAUGGCAACAGACCGCGAUGGUCAAUCUUCACACUGUGAAUUUAAAAUAAUAGUUCGCGCAUAUCAAGGACAAGAAGUUCGCAGCUCAUAUGAAACAUACGAAGCAAACCGACUGGAAAAUCACGUAUCAUAUCUCUUGUGCCCUGGAAAGGAAGCGAUGCGAAUCGAGACCAGCUAUCCUCGCCAGAUUCCAAUGGGGUGCUACAUAAAGAACGUCCGAAUCAACCCAAAUAUGCGCUACCAUCGCUUGAGACACCGCAGAAUUCAUGGAAAUAACAUCCUCCGACAUUACUCAUCCUGGAACAACCCGAACGUCCAAGCAGCCAACUAUCUUUCAGAGAAUCUUAUGAACAGAAGAUUUGGUUAAAAUUUUAUUUCUUAGAAUUGUUUACUUUGGAAAUCUAAGCAUACUUUGCUACACGAAAACAUUGCAACAAAGUAUAAAAUGAAAGUAAAACGUCGCAUUUAUUUCUUUGUAUAUUUUAACUAAUCUUGAUAUUCUUUAUCGUAAUUAUAUCUAAAUUUGCUCAUUCAUGUCAUUGCUGAAUUUAAAUAUUAAAUUUUGUAAAAUAGAAGUUUUAUAUGUAAUGAAUUGAAAUAAAAGCAUUUGCUGAACUAAAUUCGUUAAAAAGAAAA